UGUUCUUUUGUCGUUUUGACGGUAACGCGCCUGCGUGCCCGCGCUCUUCCUCUGCUACACAGGUGCGCUCUGCAGUUCAGGAGGACACAACAGGUAGAGGUCGAGACCCCGCCUUAUCGUGAAUAACGUUACCGAAAGUAAGGCAAAUAUCGAGAAUGUCUUGCUGGUCUUUGUCGCUGUGGUAAUGCGCGGAGGCGUGGCAGCUUUAAAUACUUACAGCAAGUAUUUAACAACAGUUUUUGGGGAGUUUGAAGACUUGACUUCACCUGUGCGGAAGAUGGCUUCAUCCAACUAGUGUUGUUUAUGACAGCAGCGUUAAAGUAGUCCAUAUAAAUGAAGCAGCAGCAGCAGCAGGAUGACAUGACAGCUGCUACAGCAGAGUGCACAUUUAACAUGGAGGAUUUUUUCAAAACGGUGGGGGAAGUGAGAAGCCUCAUUGAAAAAAUCUCCAGCAACACAGAAGAGGUGGAGGGACGACAUGGCGCCAUCCUUUGCACUGCAAACCAGGACAAGAGGAAAAAAGACAACAUGGAGCUGCUGAAUGACGAGACCAAGAAGAACGCCAACUUGGUCCGAGCCAAGUUAAAGUCAAUGCAGGAUAACUUUCCUGUGGAUGACAGCAGUAGUAGAGCCUCAGUAAUUCAGCGAAUUCAGAAGAACCAGCACUCCCACCUGACUCGGUGCUUUGCUGAAGUCAUGAGGGACUACCAUAAAGCGCAAAUCUCCUUCAGAGAGAAAUGCAAAGCACAGAUUCAGAGACAGCUGGAGAUUGUGGAUAAAGUGACAACCGAUGAAGAGUUGGAGGAGAUGCUGCACCGUGACAAUCUUUCCAUCUUCAUAUCUGAUAUCAGCUCUGAUGCUCUGAUUUCAAGCCAGGCUCUGAGUGAGAUUGAAUCUCGUCAUCAAGACAUCAUCUGCCUCGAGUCCAGCAUCAAAGAGCUGCAUGAGAUAUUUUCCGACACUGCCAUGCUGUUAGAGAUUCAGGGAGACUUGAUCAACAGUAUAGAAAAGAAUGUGACGAGUGCUGCGGAGUAUGUAGACGCGUCCAAAGAACAAACCCAUGAAGCAGUCACGUACAAGAAAAACCCACACAAGAUAGCAUCUCUCCCGAGCUUCUUCAAGUCUUUCAAGAGGAAAGCCACUGCUAAAACUGCUACUGAUCAAAACGCCUCAGAUUUAAACCACGACUGAGCUCCUGAACUUGUUUGAGCAUUGACUGCACCAAACAUCCUCAUCUACAUCAAAGCCCGCGCUUGACGGAACACACUUUUCAUCUGAUUUUUCUGUACUGUGCCUGUCUGCCCCCUCAGAGGAUAAAGUUGUGUUUAAUUUAAAUCCGAACUCCUAUGUUAAAAGGAGUGUCAACUGAAGGCGAUAGGAUGCUGAGACAGUUUCUGAGGUUACCCGUGGACUGUCAAAAGGACAUACGACCUCAAACAAUCUGAAUUUUAACUAUUAUCAAUAGUUACAGUCUCUAAAAUAUUUAGUUUCAGCCAUGCCAGGCUUGCUCCUUUUCCAAUAUGAUAAUAAAACACACACACACACACACACACACACACACACACACACACACACACACACACACACACACACACACACACACACACACACACACACACACACACACACACACACACACACACACACACACACACACACACACACACACACACACACACACACACACACACACUGACCCAAGCAACAACACCUUCAGGAUUGAUUUGUUCAUUACUCACAGGUAGCCAGUGCUCCCCUUAGUGGCCAGCAGAUGGCAUGACAACUUCAAAUAGUACUCUGAAAUGGGAUCACUUAACUUCCCUCCUCUCUGCAGUCCUGCUCUUUGUGUUUUUGUCUGAUACUGUGUGUUUUACCAAUGUUGUGUUAUCUAAUAUUAAGAAAAAAAAUGUCUGUAAUA